AUGUGAACUGGACAUAUACAAGAAAACGGAGUGACAAUUGAAGCGUCGUGUAGCUAGGAUAAAUGAAAUAGCUAAAUAACCUUAGUCUAGCUAUUUGUGGCUGUAGUUUUCAUAAAUAUGGAAGACGAUGCCCCUGUUAUAUAUGGUCUCGAGUUUCAGGCUCGUGCACUAACUGCCCAGACAGCAGAGACGGAUGCUAUUCGCUUUCUUGUGGGAACACAGUCCCUUAAAUUUGAAAACCAGAUCCACAUCAUCGACUUCGACGAUGAGAAUAACAUCAUCAAUAAGAACGUCCUCCUGCACCAGGCCGGGGAGAUAUGGCACAUCGGCACCAGCCCCGCCGACAAAAGCGUGCUGACGACGUGCUACAACAAAACCUCCGACUGUAAGGUGACGGGCUGCGCGGCCGUGUGGAGGAUGCCCGCUGAAUGGGAAUCAGGCAGCCACGAAUCCCCAGACGAUUCAUCAAACAGCCCACAGACUCUGGAGCUCCUCUGUCACCUUGACAACACAGCCCACGGCAACACGGCCUGCGUUUUGUGGGAGCCCAUGGGCGACGGCAAGAGGCUGAUCUCGCUGGCCGAUAACCACGUUCUGCUGUGGGACCUUCAGGAGAGCUCCACCAAGUCGGCGAUCGCCAGCUCGGCCACUCUGGAGGGGAAGGGGCAGCUGAAGUUCACGUCAGGAAAGUGGAGCCCCCACCAUAACUGCACACAGCUGGUCACUGCUAACGACACGGCCAUCCGGGGCUGGGACCUCCGCAGCAUGAGUCAGAUCUACUGCAUCGAGAACGCUCACGGGCAGCUGGUGCGGGACCUGGACUUCAAUCCCAACAAGCAGUACUACCUGGCCAGCUGUGGGGACGACUGCAAAGUCAAGUUCUGGGACGUGAGGAAUAUCGGCGAACCGGUGAAGACCCUGGAAGAGCACUCCCAUUGGGUGUGGAGCGUCCGCUACAACCACUCUCACGACCAGCUGGUGCUGACGGGCAGCAGCGACAGCCGGGUCAUCCUCUCCAACAUGGUGUCCAUCUCCUCCGAGCCCUUCGGCCACCUGGUGGACGAGGACGACCUCAGCGAUGCCGAGGACAACGGCCAGGAGGAGAAGUGCAAGGAGCCCCUCCAGGACAGCAUCAUCGCCACCUACGAGGAGCACGAGGACAGCGUGUACGCGGUGGAGUGGUCCUCGGCCGACCCCUGGCUCUUCGCCUCGCUCAGCUACGACGGGCGGCUGGUCAUCAACAGGGUGCCCCGCGCUCUCAAAUACCGCAUCCUGCUGUAGGAGCCGGAACAGGACCCCCACCCCCAACCCCCACCCCCAACACCAACACCACACCCCCCAAACCCCCAACCCCC